AUGGAUAACAUUAAAGGGGAUGAAAAUGCGUUGAAAGCCAAAUUACGGAGCUGCUCUGCACUGAACACAUUUUGUCAUGAAAAACAACAAGAGAUUGCUAAUCUAACCAAACAAAUUUACUUGAAAGACGUUAUUAUUGCCGAUUUAAAAUCGAGAUUAGGAAAGUACGAAACAACUUGUAUCACCGCCGAGGGACAAGAGCCAGUUUUACUUGGACCAUCACAGUCUCUGGUUGAGAGCUUGUGUAAAGAAAUCUGUAAAUUGAAGCAAAAAAUGAAAGAAUCAGAGAAGGACGCCGCCCAGACAUUGGAGUCUAAUACACUCGAGAUCCAGAGGCUGGAAGAGUUGUUGAAGGAGAAAGAUCAGGAGUUGGAAAGCAUCAGGCAACGACCAGAACACGAAAAGGAGAGGGAGAUCCAACAGCUCCGCUUAACGCUGGCCAAGAGGGAACAGGCUCAGGCAACCAGAGAAGUGUUAUGCACGUCACUAGCAGAAGAGGCUGAGAAAUUGAGGAGCCAACUCGGAGCCACUGUUCGGGUAUGCCAAGGGCUGCUGGGUCGCCUGGCCCCAGUCAGUAAGAUGACAGACUCCUCUGAGGUGGCUCAUGUAAAUUCCCUGGUUUACAAACUACAAGAAGAGAAUGAAAGUCUUAAAAAGAGAGUUGAAUAUGUGGAGAAUUUGAAUGCCAAGUGGCAAAAGUAUGACUCAAGUAGGGAAGAGUAUGUCAGGGCCUUGUGUCAGAAACUGAAGGACUCCAACGGUUUGGCCAGCCCAGGACCUGGCCAUGGCCCCACUACUGUAACAGGACUGGGUCUCCUUCCCCCAGCAGCUACUCCUGGGCUCCUCCAGGAGGAGAUAGCCAGACUCAACCGCCACCUGAAGGAGAAGGUUGCAGAGUGUGAGAGACUGGGCAGAGAGAGGGAUGAUAGAGCCAGGAGAGAUCAGGAGAGGAUCCAGAUGCUGGAGCAGCAGGUUCUUGCCUAUACCGAGGACUUCAAUUCGGAACGAGCGGACAGGGAAAGAGCUCAGGGCAAAAUUUUGGACCUCCAGGAAGAGCUCAGACGGUUGCAGAUACACUCUCAGAGCCCGCGAGAAGCUACCGCGACCUGCCGAGUUCACGCUAGCCGCAGGAAUCCCACGUGCCAACAGACGGACACUGCCGAGCCCUUGCAAAGGAGUAGUCCUGAAAGGCCAGCCACAAACAGGACGGGAAUUUACCCACAGCUGGCCUCGACUUGGAACGAAAACCGGGGUUCGGCUGACCUGCAGUGUCCGCACUGUGCCACCAAGUUUGACGAGACACAUUGUAACGAUUUCCUGAACCACUGCGAGGAAUGUGCCGGAACUUUCCUGCUCGCGUGA